AUCGAGUCGAAAAUCGAAAUUGUUUGAAGAAGGUUGCAAUGCUCUUUUGGUUCCGUGUUUGUUCUUCAUGAAAAUAUAUCUGAAUUCUGAGUGAAGGGUGGACUAAGUGAAAUUGAAAUUUGUCUCGUUUAAUAUCGACGACCGGAACAUUUCCGGAUUUCUUCCUUAAGCCGACCGUACUGAAAUAAACAGCCAGGAUGCCGCGGAUAAUGAUUAAAGGAGGAGUGUGGAGGAACACCGAGGAUGAAAUCCUCAAGGCCGCCGUCAUGAAGUACGGCAAGAACCAGUGGUCGAGGAUAGCGUCCUUGCUCCACAGGAAGUCGGCGAAGCAGUGUAAAGCACGUUGGUUCGAAUGGCUCGAUCCAAGUAUUAAAAAGACGGAGUGGAGCAGAGAAGAGGAUGAAAAACUUCUCCACCUGGCCAAAUUGAUGCCGACGCAGUGGCGUACGAUUGCUCCGAUAAUCGGAAGGACAGCUGCCCAGUGCCUUGAGCGAUACGAGUACUUGCUUGAUCAAGCGCAGAAAAAGGAAGAGGGUGAAGAUGGCGCCGAUGAUCCUAGAAAGCUUAAACCUGGAGAGAUUGAUCCCAAUCCAGAAACAAAGCCCGCUCGACCCGAUCCCAAAGAUAUGGACGAAGAUGAACUGGAAAUGCUUUCUGAAGCCAGAGCUCGUUUAGCCAACACUCAGGGCAAAAAGGCAAAAAGAAAGGCCAGGGAGAAACAGUUGGAAGAGGCUAGGAGGCUUGCUGCUUUACAGAAAAGGAGAGAAUUGAGAGCAGCUGGUAUUGAAUUUGCGUCAAGACAAAAAAGGAAAAGAGGGAUAAACUACAAUGCUGAAAUUCCUUUUGAAAAGAAACCCGUACCUGGAUUUUUUGAUACGAGCAAUGAAAUUAUCGAUCCACAUUUGCCGAAUUUCCAUAGGCUUCGACAGCAAAAUUUGGAUGGGGAAUUAAGAAGUGAAAAAGAAGAGAAAGAACGUCGCAAGGAUAAACAAAAAGUAAAGCAAAGAAAAGAAAAUGACAUGCCAUUGACAAUGCUUCAAAAUCAGGAGCCAGCAAAGAAACGUAGCAAACUAGUUUUACCCGCACCUCAGAUAUCAGAUCAAGAAUUGCAACAAGUAGUGAAACUUGGUAGGGCAAGUUAUGCAGCUAGGGAGGCAGUGAGCGAAGGGAAUGAAAGCGCUGCUGACACACUUCUGAACGAUUAUGCUUUAGCUACACCCAACGCUGCAAAUACCCCCCGUACACCUGCUCCUACAACUGAUAGAAUACUUCAAGAAGCGCAAAACAUGAUGGCGUUGAGUCAUGUGGAUACACCGUUGAAAGGAGGUGUCAAUACGCCUUUGUACAACCCGGAUUUUGGAGCUCACCCACAGUCUGAACACAUAACAACACCAAACACUUUGCUUGCCACACCUUUUUCAAACAGAUCACAACCAGAUGGUAGGACACCAGGAUUUCAAACACCGAAGGAUGUUCAUGGUGGAUUAGCAACUCCAACUCCAGUUAGAGAUAAACUUAACAUUAACCCUGAGGAAGCCAGUAUGGGUGGAGACACUCCAUUGACUGUACAACAGACUCAAGUAAAGGAGCAACUUAGGGCAAGCCUUAGAUCACUGCCACAGCCGAAAAAUGAUUAUGAGAUUGUAGUUCCUGAAGAUGAAGUUACUAGUGAGGAGAACAAGUCGGCUUCAGCAAUGGAGGUUGAAGAUCAAUCUGAAAUAGAUGAGAGACAUUUGGCUUCACUCGCCGAGCAAAGAGAAAAGGAGUUGAGAAGUAGAUCUCAAGUCAUACAAAGAUCGUUGCCCAGACCUGCCGAUAUUAAUAUCGUGUUGAGGCCGGCAAAUACAGAUCCACCUUUGACCGAUUUGCAAAAAGCUGAAGAACUUAUCAAACAAGAAAUGAUAGUUAUGUUACAUUAUGAUGCGGUACAAAAUGGAGAUCCACCUAUGGCAGCACGUAAAACGAGUAGUAAUCUUCAGGCACAACAUUUAGCCCAUUUAGAACAGCAUCCUUAUGAAUCAUUCACAGAAGAAGAAAUAAAAAAGGCUAAAGAAAUCCUCCAAGCGGAAAUGGAAGUGGUGAAGCAAGGUAUGAACCAUGGUGAACUGUCUUUAGAUACAUUUACUCAAGUUUGGGAAGAAUGCUUAGGACAAGUGCUAUUUUUGCCGAGUCAAAAUAGGUACACAAGAGCCAAUCUAGCUAGCAAGAAGGACAGAUUAGAAUCGGUUGAAAAAAGAUUGGAGCAGAAUCGAACGCACAUGACAAGAGAGGCCAAGAGGGCUGCAAAAAUGGAAAAGAAAAUUAAAAUAAUUACAGGAGGCUAUCAAACUAGGGCACAGGCUUUAAUAAAGCAACUCCAAGAUGUUACUGAACAAAUUGACCAAGCGCACAUGGAAAGGUCCACAUUCCAGGUUUUACAACAACAAGAAGAAAAUGCUAUUCCUAGAAGAAUUGAGGCAAUUACUGAAGAAGUAAGCCGACAGCUUGAUAGAGAAAAGGCCCUGCAAAGAAAAUUUAGCCAAUUGCAAAUACUCGUUCAACCAUCAAUACACAGUGAAAUUUGAAUGAAAACUAUUUUAUGCUCUAUGAAGGCAUGAACUGAGAAUUUGAAAACAAUGUGUCAUAAAAAAAAUUCUCGUAUUUAAAAGUUGUACAUAAUAAAACACUUUUAUUUGUU